UGGAUCCAUACCUUUUUCUUUUACCAUUUUAGAGUAUUCUUUUGAUUUCUUUCUUAUCCUUCCUUCUCAUAAAAACUUCCAUUAAAUCCCUAAUAAAAUAAUAAAAAAAUAAAUUAAAACCAAUAUUUUUAUGCUUAAAAUCCUAGGUCAAGGCAGAGUCACAAAACAGAGGAGAGAGAAACAGAGAAAUUUACAUUACAUUUCUAAAACAGAGUUCCUUUCAACACUUUAUUUAUAUCCUCUUUCAAAUUUUAAUAAUCCAAUAAAUUUCACACAAUUUUUUUUAUUAUUAUUUGUUUUAAAUUUGUCACAGUUUAGAAUUUUGGGUUUUUAUAAGUUAAUUAGAAUGAGCUGCUCUGUUUUUUUGGUAAAAGUUUUGCAUAUUAUGUAAAUUGAUAACGAAAAAAAAAUGAUGGGUUUUGUGAAAUUUAGCGAUUCAAGAUAAUUUUUGAUUUUAUUUUAUUUUUAUUUUUUUGGGUUUUGAAAAGUAUAAAUUAUGAGUGAAGAAGAAACUGUUGUUGAGCUUCAAGAAAUUGAGAAACAAAAUUCAGGUUGUUCAAUCAAUGAUACAAGAGUUUCAGAAACAGUUAUUGUAAUACAGGAAAAUUCACAAGAUUUGAGUUGUUCACAGGAACCAGUUGGUGUAGUAGUUGUUGUUGUUGAUGAUGUUGUCAGAAAUUCUGAAAACAGAUCAAGUAAUUCAGGGGAGAGUUAUGCAACAGGAAUUGUGAGUGAAACAAAGGUUUCAGAAAAUAAAGAUGAGAAAAAACCACGAGUUGUUGCUGAUGUAAAAUGUGGAGAUGGAGAAGUUUGUGAUGGUGAAUUGUUGUGUAGAAUUUGUCAUUUGAGUUCUGAGCAACCAUGGAAGUUGCCGCUUUUCGCGGCGAAAACUGAUCUUAUAAUGCUUGGUUGUGGCUGUAAAGGUGAACUUAGUGUUGCUCAUUUUUAUUGUGCUGAGGCUUGGUUCAAGCUCAAAGGAAACAGGAUAUGUGAAAUAUGUGGGGAGAUGGCAAACAAUUUACGAGGGGUGGGGAACGAGAGCUUCAUGGAGGAGUGGAAAGACAGCAGAAUAAAUGCCAAUGCAACCGAUUCAUCAAACAUGGGUGCAGAAGGAUGCUGGCAAGGACAACCGUUGUGUAACUUCCUUAUGGCAUGCUUGGUCAUCGCGUUUGUUGUGCCAUGGUUUUUCCGCAUUAAUAUGUUCUGAGUAUGUAUAUUUUUUCUUCUUAACCAAAUAAUUUCUUCUUUCCUAGCCGACUAAUGGCUAAGAUUUUGGUGAAGGAACGUGGUGAAGUAUUGGGACAUUUAUUCACACACACACAUUUUUUACUUCUGAGAUAUGAGAGUUCAUACAUUCAGAUAUUUGUAAUGGGUGCUUUGGAUUUAUGAACAACAGCAGGUUGUGAUUUUAACUGUAUAGUGGUAUAGAUGGUAUUUGAACCCAUGAUUCGGGGUUACUCUAUACUGCUCGCGAUAUCGUCAAAAAUAUACAUGCCUGACUGAGAUGUGAAUAUUGUUGCACACCAAAUCACCAAUGUCUUAAGAACUUGAUCUAGUAUACUGCAUGACUCUGGGCUCACGAUCCUACACCGGGUGCCAUGCCACUUUCCUGCACGAAGUGACUCGUUCGUUGCUCUUCCUUGAUUGACAGAAUUACUACUUUAUACACAUUUACAAUUAAGGGAUAAAGCCAUUGUAUAUAUGAAGUGUAAUGAAAGAUCAAUAAAUGGUUGUACUCUUGCAUAACAUCCAACAAUUCUCUGUAAGAGUGUUGAUUCUAUAGAAAGAAUUUGUCAAUUGCUUUGGAUUAGUAGCUUAA